GAAAAAACUGAAUGACAUCUCUGACAUGUAUAACGAUCUGAACCGACAAAGCAGCGGUCAACCACGAAAGAAAUUGACCGUCAUCCAAGAGGCUGACGAUUAUGAAGAUCUGUUGGAGGAUCUCUGUGCAUGGUUGGAAGAUAAGGAGAAGUUUGUUUCCAAGCAAAAACCGCUGACGUGUAACCAAGAAGAUCUAUCUUUGCUUGUUAGUGAACAAAAGAUCUUUAAUGAAGAGAUUGACAACAAAAACCUUUGUAUGAUGAUAUCGUAGAAAUGGUUCUUGAUGUUGUUUGUACGACAGAAGGAAGUCCUAAACGUGACGCUCUAGAGGAUAAUGUUAAUGACGUUGUACAUCGCUGGGAUGUACUGGCAAGAAAUGCGGAAAAUCGUCUGCGACAAUUGAACAGGAUCGAACCAUUGAGUGCGGAAUAUGAAAACACAAAACAUGAUUUUUAUCGCUGGUUAACUGAUACAGAAUUUGCUAUUAAGGAGAUCCCCAUUGAUAACGUGGAUCAGAUCAGCUUACCGAAAUAUCUUGAGAAAGUUAAGGAGCUCCAUGAUGAUGCACGAAAACAUAAACCAGAUUACAAAUUGUGUACUAAAAAGGCCGAAACCCUCGUGGAAGCUUGUGAAGAACUGAAAGUUGCGUCCGCAAUUCCUGAGAUCAGCAAGGAUGUUCAUUUAACGAAGUCACGAUGGGAGGAUCUGAAUGAAGAUCUUCAAAAUAUAUUGAACAAGUUAUACGGUUAUAAACAAGGUUUGCAAGACUAUAAAGACGCCAUUGUGCCUUUAGAAGAAAGUAUUACGAAAGCAGACGAAGUAUUUGUCAAUCAGAUGGCUGUAGGUAUGGAUAAAGAUGAAGCAAAGAAACAACUGAAUACAGUUCGGGAUUUGAUUAACACUGUGGAUACGGCAAAAGAAAAGCUUGUAAAAUCGGCCCGACACGCGCCCAUUCGUGAAAAGACCAUUGAUACAUUGUGUGAACAACAAAAUACGAAAAAUAAACUUGUGAAACAAGAAUCGACUUUACAACGACAUAUACGUGCUGUAGAACUCUACGAAGAAUUGAUGGCACAGAUGAAGAAAUCACUGCAAGAAAUACAGGAGAAAAUGAACGACAUUGGUAGUGAUCCAAUAGUUGAAGAACCUGCUAAGAUAAAUGAAAAAUUUCUUGAAAUCGAGGACCUUAUCAAUGAAUUGAAAAAACUCCAUGAAUCAUUUAAUACUGCCGAGCAGGCGGGAAAGUGGGUUAUUGAACACAGUCCCGAUAACCCUACGACAAUCACCCGAGUUAGUGACGAGUUAGAGUCUGUUCAAAAAGAGAUGGAUGACACGAACGGUCGACUUUUAGAUCUUCACCGACUAUAUCAAGCUACUGGCUUGGACAACAAACCGUUGAGUGUUGUUCUUGAUGACUUUGCGAACAUGUUAGCAGCUAUUGACAAGAAAAUAUCUCGAGCAAAAAUUAUCUGUCUUGCAACCAACUCUUUUAAAGCAAAAUGAUAGGUUCAAGGAAGUAAAGAAUGAAAUGAAGAAAUUAAAGCCCGUGUAUGAAUACAUUAGAAAUGAAGAAUAACGAAAUGACAACGGAACAAAUUAGCGAUGAAGACAUAAUGAA